AUGUGGAGACCAUCAUUAAAUUAUGGUUUAGUGCCUCUCAUGAGUCUCCUUAAAGGAACCACAAUCAUCAGAUUCGCUUGUAGUCUCGGCGAUCGAUUGAAGACAUUGAACGAUAGCAAACAAUUCCAACAAGCACUUCAACUUUUUCAUCAACAUCAAAAAAACAACAACGAAACUCUGUCAAGAUCGGUGAUUGCACAGGCUCUGAAAGCAUGUGCUCGUCUCAAAGAUAUUCGAAGUGGUAAAGCGAUUCAUGAUCUUGUUUCCUCACACACGAAGGAAAAUGAAUACAUAGUGACAUCACUCAUCCAUAUGUACAUGCAAUGUGGUGAUAUUCGAAGUGCUGAAACACUAUUUCAUGACACAAAGACAAAAGUUCCAUCUAUGUACGGCGCGAUGAUGAAAGGUGACUUAUUUCAUGUGCACGUUAGUAUAAAAAUAGAACAAGUUCUUGUAGGAUAUCUGACAAACAAUGAAGCACAGAAAGCAUUCGAAGUUUUUCAUCAAAUCCAAACACCGAGUGAGGUGAAUCUUGUUGUAUUCUUCCAAGUUUGUGCCGAUCUGAAGACGCAACGAGCAUUGGACGCCAUGAAAAAGGUGUCACAGCAAACACGAAAGACAUUUCACUCAAAUCAUCGUCUGGUUACAUCGUUAUUGAAUGCAUUGGUGGAAUGUGAAGAUGUAGAGCACGCUGAGAAGAUAUUCGAGACAAUAAAGACAAAGCAACUUCCUAUGUACGGUGCAAUGAUGAAAGGUUAUAUUGCGAGUAAUCAAGCACAAAAGUCCAUUGAUCUAUUCGAGAAGAUCGAUCCUCCUGAUGCGAUUAUUAUCAAUCUCCUCUUCAAUGCUUGUGCGCAGCUACGAACGCCAGAAGCACUGAAUUUGACGAAACACGUCUUAUCAAUUAUGAACCAGUCAUUUCUUCAGAAUGAGUUCAUUAUCACGUCUUUACUGGAUGCACUGGUGAAAUGUGGAGAUGUGGAACAUGCGGAACUCAUAUUCACUACACUAGAAACGAAAAAGACGCUUCCUAUAUAUGGAGCGAUGAUGAAAGGCUAUAUUGAGAAUAAUCAAGCAGACAAAGCUGUUGACCUCUUCAGAGAAAUUGAACAUCCUGACCAUGUCAACACAAGUCUCGUGUUCAGCGCUUGUGCUCAAUUGCGAACUCCAGAAGCUUUAGCUUUGGCAAAAACGAUUUCGAAGAGAAUGCCAGCAUCAUUUUAUUCGGAUGAUUACGUGGCAACUUCUCUGUUAGAUGCGUUAAUCAAAUGUAGGGACACAUUCACGGCGGAGAUAAUGUUUUCGAAAAUGAAAAGAUCGAUAGUCAGUUACGGGAAUCUUAUGAAUGGAUUCAACGAUGAAAAGCAAGGGAAAAAAACUAUGCAACUGUUUUAUCGAAUGAAACGUGAAGGUUUAGAACCGGAAACGAUUAUUUAUUUGUGCGUUAUCAAAGCUUUAGCACUCAUCGGUGAUCUUUCACUUGUCGAACCAACAAUCAACCAAAUACCUGAAUCGAUUCUUCUCGAUAGUCAGAUUCGCAAUGCUCUGAUUGAUAUGUGGGGUAAAACUGGAUGUAUAGACAAUGCACGAAAGAUUUUCGAAGACACUUCUCAAAGACACGCAUUUCUAUACACAACAAUGAUCAAUUGUUAUGGUCUCAAUGGAAUGGGUAUGCAAGCUCUUGAACUGUUCUCUCAAAUGCCCAAAGAGUUCAUCCAUGAAGUGACUUAUAUUUGCAUAUUGAAUGCAUGUUCACACUCUGGCCUAGUUGACCAAGCUCGCUCUAUCUUUGAAAAGAUUGAACCGAAAACACCGACAGUGUGGACGACCAUGAUCGAUUGCCUUGCUCGUGCAUCUUUGUUCGAUGAAGCACAGACGUUGAUCGAUGAAUUCGAACGUUCGUAUCCACCCGUCGUAGAUAUGCACAUGGCGUUGUUGUCGGGUGCAAGAAAUGAUAAGAAUGCUCAGUUAGCACAGAAUAUCUAUGAUCAACUGAAGAGAUUGUUUCCGUCCAUGAAAGAUUCCUUGACAGCAGCUAAAGUUCUUCUUGCGAACACCUAUGCAUCAUCUGGUGACAUAGGAAAGGCAUCACAUAUUCGAACUCAACACAGAAAAUCCGGAGCAAAGAAGAAGAUCGGUACAUCAACGACUGUAGUUGAUGGAGAAAUGUAUGAAUUUCGCGCUCAUGACAUAUCUCAUCCUCGAUCAGACGAAAUCUAUCGUGAAGUCCAGAAAAUGUCAAAAGAAUUAGUCGCACAUGGCCAUGAGUACGAUUCCAGUUGGAUAACUCGAACGAUGGGUGAAGAUGAAAGUGUCGAAUCGGUUCUCUGUGGUCAUAGUGAGCGACUUGCGAUGGCAUAA